AUGACCAAUUUACUCACGGAGGGAAAUCCGCGAUCGAUGGGGGCAAAGAACGAAUACGCGCAGCAUCAACGCGCCCGCCCGCCCCUUGAUCAUUGCAACGGGCAAUACAACCCCCAGCCGUCCCAUCUUCCAGGUUACCUUACCUUUUGCCUCUCCAUCAUCCGCCUACCAUCGGAUCUGAUAAAAACGUUGAGCGGGAAGACACCGAGCAAACCCUCCUCUUGGAAGCCCAUCCAUCCAAGAGGCCAAGCCCCCGAAUCCAACUGCCGGCCGGUCAACGGCGCAAGGCUUGCUUCUGUGUUGCCUGCUUUGAUCAUUGAUGGCUGGGGGUUUCUUUCGAUCCAGGCAAGCAACUCAACCACUCAAUCCAUCCUUGGCUCCUCCGCCCACCACCUCAUGGGCUCUACCCAUGGCAUGCUACAGUGGUGGGCAGAUCAGCACUAA